AUGUGGAACCAUCCUCAAUUUUAUAAUGUGAUUGUAGAGAUUGUAGAGGUCCAGAAUUUAGUAUGGCCAACAGAUAUUGCCUUAUCUAGUAAGAAAAGUGCAUCUGAUGCUAAGCUACCCAAUCCAUUAGUUGAAGUUACUAUUAAAGGUGAUAGUUAUGCUACAGAAUCAAAGGAAGCAACAUCUUCAUGUGCAUUUAAUAAGACAUUUUACUUUCAGCAGUUAUUGUUAAAUUGGGACGAAUUUCAAAGAGCUACUGUUGAGAUACGAGUUUUACACCAAGGAUUUUUUCGUCAAGAGCUAAUAGGAAUGUAUACAGGAUCAUUUGAAAAGAUAUAUGGCUUACCAAGUCAUAGAUUACUUAAAACUCUUGUCCCGAUAACAAUUCCAGAGAGACCAUCUAUCCCAUUAGGAUAUAUUAGAUUAUCUAUAUAUGUUCUAGGUGAAAAUGAUGUAGUUAAUCCAGAAGAUUCAUAUAUUUAUGGAUCAGAAUCAUAUAGAGGAGCAAUAUCUUUUACACCUUCAUCAUUACCAGUUCCAGAAUUAGAUAUAACUUAUUAUCACUUAAAUUUUAAUGUGCACUUAGCAAGAAGCAUUUUACUACCUGAUUAUACAGACUUAACACAUCAAGAAGCAGAUGGAUAUUCACCAAAUCCUUUUGUAAGGAUAGUUGCAUUAGAUAAUGCAUUGCAAACAGCCGUUGUGAAAUCUUCAUCAUCACCAGUAUGGAAUGAAACUUUAAAGUUUCCAGUAGGUCUUCCAUGUUUAGAUGAUAGAAUUGUCUUAGAGCUUUGGGAUGCGCAAGGUGGUGGUGAUGGUCCUAGACUUGUUGCACAAACAAAGUUGAGCUUACAAGAUAUCUUUAAAAAUGAGUUAACUCCAACUUGGUUGCACUUUUAUGGUCAGACGACUGGUCUACGCGGAAAUGCAAUUAACAUAAAAGACAUUGCAAUGACUGCAAAAGUAGCUGAAGAGUCUGGGGAUCAUCAUCAAAUUACUAGUCUUGUAACUUCAUUUCAAAAUUCUUUUGGUGUGCUAAGUAUGUUUGAUAGUAAAUACACGGCUUCAUAUCCAUGUAUUGCUUAUUUAGGGCGUUUACUUGUAUCUGCAAACUUAACAAGAGUUGCAAAUCCAACCCCAAUAAAAAUCCCCUGUAAUCCAGUUGAUCUCCCUAGUGUAUCACCUUAUUUAUUUUGGGUUGAUAUAUAUGAAUUGAGUGGACUUGGAUUACCAGCUGAUGUUUAUAUUGAGCUAAGUUUGGGAUCUUGGUGUUAUUGGAUUAUUCCUAAUACAAAAAUUAAAAUAUCUGAUUCAUUCCCAUUGGAUACUGAUAUUGGUCGUAUUCCUGAUCAAGUAUUUGCAUUGCCAGAUAUUGACAUGAGUGCAGAUUUGCUUAUUCGCAUAUUUACCAGAGAUGAAUCACAAGAUAGAGCUAUUUUUCAUUCUUAUAUUAGAAUUUCUGCACAUGAUAUGUUAAAAUAUGGAUCUGAAAGACCAAAAUGGUAUCCACUACUUUCUGCUGCUCAUUACGGUAUAAUGAUAGGACAAGAUUUACCAUAUGAUCAAGCUGUUGCAUUAGCACAUAUUAAACAUUAUGGCAUGUUAUUAGGAUCAUUCAUAUUAAGAAAAAAAGAUACAGAAUAUCAAUAUGAAGAAGAUUACCUAAAUAAAUAUUCUAUAAACACUACUAGGCCAUCAAGAAUUCAAUAUAAUUUACGACGUUGGAUUUGUCGUGCUUAUAUUUUCCAAGCUAUUCGAAUACCAGCAGUAGAAUCAACUCUUCCAGAUCCUGUAGUAAUGGUAACACUUGGUGGUGGCACAGUUUUAACAGAAGUUAUUCCUAAAACGGUUAACCCUGAUUGGCAUGAAGCAUUAGUUUUUGAUGCAGCAUUACCAGAUGACUUGUCUGUUGCUCAAUGGCUUAACAUUGCUAUUUUACAUGAAGAUAUAGUACUUGGAUCUGUAGCCAUAUCUCCAUUAUAUAUUGGGUUUAUGAAAAAGAAUCGACCCGAAUGGUUUAUACUUCAAACACCACGUAUACCUGAAUGUAAGGCACGUAUUCUCUGUACAUUUGAACUUAUAAAAUUGGGAGAUAUUUCAUCAUCAAUAUUUUCAUCAGUUGCUAAUAUUAUAACGGAUGUAAAAAAAGAAUACUCAAAUAAAACUGGGAACUCAGAUGUACCACUUGAUGAUGCAAAUUGGAGAGCAUGGUAUGUACCAGAUGCAACUCCUACAUAUAUACCAUGUGAUAUACAUUUAUUUUUAAUAGGUAUACGAUUAAGGUCACAAGGUGAUAAUGGUGGAUCAUCACUUUUUUCUAUGGGCAGUUCAACUAAACCUCUGAUACAAUUAGAAUUUGGAAGAGAUCCAGAAAAACCUGAAAAUCGUUUAUGGGUAGAACAAGCAAGUGAACCAUAUCAAGGGGAUGCUGGGAAGUACAAUUAUUUACAAGAUUUCUGUCUGAAAUGCCAUAUACCUGCAUCGCCAAUUUUUCAAACAUACUUAGAAGUACGUAUAUUAGAGCCAAUAACUGUUUUUAGUGGAAAAUAUAGAGAGUUUGGAACUGCAUAUAUACAUUUAAAUCAUCAUCUACCUUGGAUAGAUGAAUAUAACCAACGUCUACUCAAAAAUGAAUUCCAAUAUAUUCCACCAAAUAUGGCUACUCAUAAAUGGCUUAGAAAUGGAAAACGAUUUUUAAGUAAAUAUUAUAAAGGUCCAUGGAAAAUAUGGAUAAGUGAUUCAGCUAACUUAUCUAAUUAUAUCCCUAAAACAGAAUUUUAUAGUACCUCAAUAUCACCAUCAUCAUCAUUAAUCACAUUACCAGAUGGAAAUACUAUUCGAAAUAUUCAUUUAAAUGAUGAUAGCGCAUUAGAUUUCUAUUCACAUUCUGGUUAUAGUAAUACAAAUAAAACUAGUAGCUCUACUUCAAGGAAUGAGUUUAUUAAAAACUAUUGUGAAGAUGAUAAUGAAGAUUAUAUUAAUAUUGAGAAGAAUGAUUUUCAACAUGGUGAUUUUUUUGAUAUAUUUUAUGAACCAUCAAAUGUAUUUUUAAUCGAUAAUGAACAACUUCUAAAUAGAAGAUCUUUAUUAUCAGGAGAAAAUUUUGAGCUUAACUUAAAAAAUAUUAUACAAGAUUUUUUCUUUAGGAAUAAUUUGGAUAUGAAAAAUGAUACUAAAUUAGAUACCAAAUCUGUUAAUAACAAUAAGAUUUAUAAACAUAAUGAUUUAUUACCAUUGGAUUAUUUAGGAAUGGAUAGAAUGCCAACAAUGUUUUAUGAGGCUGAGGAAGAUGCAUUGUCAAAAGAUCCAAAUUUACAAAUUCCAAUACAUGAUUUGGAAGCUUUAAAUUCUUGUAUAACAUCAAUGGAAUCUUAUGUAAAACCACUAUAUGAAUCAACUAAUAAUGAUGAACUGAUACCAUUAAAAAGUGAGAAUAUAUAUAACGAAAUUUCUAAGAAAAUUAAUUGGGGGAUUUCUCCAACUAAAAGUAAUAUAUCAGCAUCAAAGAAAUUAUUUAAACAGGGAGAUGGUUUAGAUUGGUUUUUUGCAAAUAAACUUCAAAAUACAAAUAACAAAGAACUAGAUUUUAUAGAUGAUGAUGACUAUACACUUGAUAAUCAAGAUAUAUCAGAUGAACAAGAUGAAUUGGGCCAGGAAUAUGAAUUAGAGCUUGAUAUGGAUGAUUUACCUUAUGACUCAGUUCCAAUCAUAUCAGCAAAUAAAUUUGGUGAAAUAGAAGUUGUCGGAUUUUUAAAAGUAUAUUGUCGUAUUUUGUCUCAAAGCAAAUUUAAAAAUAAACAAAAUAAAACUUCAAACUUAUCUAAUGAUGGAAUUAUACUACAAACACCUAAACCAAAACAAUUACCUUUAUCAAAAAGAGAAUAUUGGAGGAGUAGUAAUGAUUCAUCAAUUAAUUAUGAUAUAUUGUCAAAUUCUAUAAAUUCUGAAGAAUCAAUAUCUCCAAUGAAUAAAAUUAAUUGUAGGAGAUAUUCAUUAUCUUCUAUAAAUAGUAACGAUUUGAAUAUAGAUCAUAAUCAAACAAAUAUUUUGCCAAAUAUCCCAACUAAAAUAACAAAAUCUUCAGAUAUUAAAAACAAUAAAAAUUAUUAUUCUGAUCCUUUACUAGAAUAUUUAAAAAAACAAAUAGCAGAAAUACCACGUUUAAAAAUACGUGCAUAUAUACUUACAGGUCAUGGCUUUGUUCCACCAAGAAUACAAAAUAAGAAUGCAUUAACUGCAUUAAGUAAUAUUAAAUCAACAAAAAGUGAAGGUAGUUGGUAUCUAAAUUUAAAAACAGGUCAUGAUCAAAUUGGAAACAGUUCAAAUGGGAUAUUUGAAAUAAAUGAUUCUGAAAAUUGUGUUCAGGGAUUUUCACCAGAAUUCUAUAAAACAUAUAUAUUAGAUGCCUUAUUACCAACUAAUGCACUUUUAUCUAUAACUGUAAUGUAUAAAAAUAAUAAUUUAAAUCAAUCUUAUGGAAGAACAUAUAUUGAUAUAGAAGAUCGCUUCUUUCAUCCAAGAUAUCAAAAAAUAUUAUCAAAUCCUAAUUCUAUAUUGCCAAUUGAAAUACGACAAUUAUAUCCAUUUAAUGAUCAAUGGAAUUAUAUUCCAACAAAUUAUCCUGUAGGAAGUUUAAGAUGUUGGUUUCAUAUACUUCCACCAGAAAUAUCCUUAUUAAGACCAAUAUAUCUAUUAAAUCCACCUACUACAGAAAUAUGUCAAGUUAGAGUUGCCAUUUAUAAGUUAAGAAAUAUCCCAAUAUCUGAAUUAAUUAAUACUUCAGGAGUUACAAAUAUAUUAUCAUUUGGUGGUCCAGCAAUAUCACUUAUGGUUAAAGGUUUAAUGUCACCAAAUAGUAAUUCAAUUUUAGAAUUUGAUACAGAUACACAUUGGAAUAGUUAUGAUGGCACUGCUACAUUUAAUUGGAGAUUUGUUUUUAAUAUACCAGUACCAUGUCAAUUUCCUAUAUUACGUUUACAAGUAUGGAAUCGUGGUUUGAUAGUAUUUGGAGAUGCACUAUCAGAAUGCACUUUAGAUCUAUCAAAUGAACUAAUGAGAUCAAGAAAAAGUUAUAGCUGUGUUAAAAUUAAUCGUUCAUGGAUCAAUUUAACUCAUCCAGCUAGACUUAAUGAAAAACGUGGGGAAAUGGAAAUUGAAAUUUCAAUAUUACCACUAUCUAUAGCUGAAUCUAAACCAGUAGGUAUUGGUAGAGAUGAACCAAAUCGUGAUCCAUACUUACCAGAUGUUACAGAUCAUAGAAAUUAUAUAACAACUAGUGCAUUUGGACGUGGAUUUUUCUCAGCAACUACAAAUAUUAAAUGGGGUGCUAAAAUAUUUACAUGGAUUAUAACAUCUAUUGUUAUUAUUACAAUAUUAAUGUUACUUAUUAAACUAUUUAAAUAA